CGGCGCUUCAAUACGAACGACAAAAGCCCCAGUGACAGGCGGCUCAGCACGCGGGUUUCUACUUCUGAAAUUUCGACGGUCAGUGCACACUUGAUUAGUUUUUUUCUCUUCGAAACCGACUACGAACAACCUGGAAGAUGGCCACCGUGGCGAGGACAUCCAAGUAUACCUACAGAUCAUCGGGAGGGACGUCCGGCAAUGCCGACGUCAGCAUCGAGUACAGCGCCGACCUAUCGGCACUGUCCAGGCUUGAGGACAAAAUCCGCCUUCUUCAAGAUGACCUUGAAAUCGAGAGAGAAUUGAGGCAAAGAAUUGAAAGAGAAAAGGCAGACCUCAGUGUACAAGUUAUCCAACUCUCCGAACGUUUGGAAGAAGCUGAAGGAGGAGCUGAAAGCCAGUUCGAAAUCAACAAGAAGAGAGACACCGAACUGUUGAAACUCAGAAAAUUGCUUGAAGAUGUCCACAUUGAAUCAGAAGAAACAGCCGCUAUCCUCAAGAAGAAACAUCAAGAAAUUGUUGUGGACUUUCAGGAACAAAUCGACUCUCUGGCCAAGUGCAAAUCAAGGGCCGAGAAGGAGAAGAGCAAAUUUCAAGCUGAAGUUUACGAACUCCUCGCCCAAGUUGAGACCGUCAACAAGGAGCGUCUGAUCAGCGUGAAACAUGCCGAAAGAUUGGAGAUCAGCAUCAGUGAAUUGAACGUUAGGAUCGAAGAACUUAACCGCACCAUUGUCGACAUCACCUCCCACAAGACCAGGCUCUCCCAGGAGAACAUUGAAUUGGUCAAGGAGGUGCAGGACCUCAAGGUCAGCCUUGAGAACUCUACCUAUCUGAAGACCCAGCUAGCCGGCCAACUCGAAGAUGCCCGCCGCCGCGCUGAAGACGACGAAAGAAGACGCUCAGUCCUCGAAUCCCAACUCCACCAGGUCGAGGUUGAACUUGAAUCCAUCCGCGUCCAACUUGAAGAAGAAAGCGAGGCUCGUCUGGACCUCGAAAGACAGCUUGUAAAGUCACAGGGAGAAGUCCAAGUGUACAGGAGCAAAUAUGAAGCUGAGGCUGCCGCCAGGGCUGAAGAAGUCGAGGAAUUGAGAAGGAAGUACAACAUCAGGAUCUCCGAGCAAGAAGAACACAUCGAAUCACUUUUGGUCAAGGUCAACAACUUGGAAAAACAAAAAUCUCGCCUGCAAUCUGAGGUAGAGGUCCUCAUCAUCGACUUAGAGAAGGCCAAUGGAACUGCUAGGGAGCUCCAAAAGAGAGUCGAGCAACUUGAAAGGAUCAACAUUGAAACCAAGGCUAGGCUUGAAGAGACCAUCCAGCUGUACGAAUCCACCCAGAGAGACUUGCGUAACAAGCAGCAAGAAUUACAACGCACUGUGCAUGAACUCGAGAAGACCAGGGAACAGAGGGAUGGUCUUGCCAGGGAAAACAAGAAAUUGGCUGAUGACCUCUCCGAUGCCAAGAACACCAUCAGCGAGUACACUCGCCGCCUCCACGAGUUGGAAUUGGAACUCCGUCGUCUUGAGAAUGAGCGUGACGAGCUCACAGCAGCCUACAAGGAAGCUGAAGCUGGACGCAGAGCCGAAGAACAACGUGCUCAACGUUUGGCAUCCGAAUUGGCUCAGUUCCGUCAUGAAGCUGAGAAACGUCUCCAAGAGAAGGAUGAAGAAAUCGAAGCUAUCCGCAAAGCCACCUCCAUCGAAAUCGAGCAGCUCAACGCCCGCGUUGUCGAAGCUGAAACCAGGCUCAAGACCGAAGUCACACGCAUCAAGAAGAAGCUCCAGAUCCAGAUCACCGAGCUUGAGAUGUCCCUUGACUCUGCCAACAAGACUAACAUUGACCUCCAGAAGACCAUCAAGAAGCAAUCCCUUCAACUCACCGAGAUCACCGCCCACUACGACGAGCUCCAGAGGCAGCUCCAAGUCACCCUGGACCAGCUCAGCGUCUCCCAGAGGAGGGUACAGGCUCUUACCGCCGAAGCUGAAGAAAUCAGAGGCAACUACGAAAGCGCCUUACGUGGAAAGAGACAAGCUGAACAACAAGUUGAGGAAUACUCUUCUAGAAUCAAUGAACUCACCACCAUCAACGUUAACUUGGCUUCCUCUAAGAGCAAGAUAGAACAAGAGUUGACCACCAUCGUGUCUGACUAUGAAGAAAUCACCAAAGAGCUCCGCAUUUCUGAUGAACGUUACCAACGUGUCCAGGUUGAACUCAAACACACCGUUGAAAUCCUCCACGAAGAACAGGAACGAGUAGUGAAGAUCGAGGCCAUCAAGAAGUCCCUCGAGAUUGAGGUCAAGAACUUGAGCGUACGUCUUGAAGAAGUCGAAGCCAACGCCAUCGUUGGAGGCAAGAGAAUCAUCAGCAAACUCGAAGCCAGACUUCGCGACUUGGAAGCUGAAUUGGACGAAGAAAAGAGACGUCAUGCUGAAACCAUCAAGAUCUUGAGGAAGAAGGAACGCAGCGUGAAAGAGGUCAUGAUCCAAUGCGAGGAAGACCAGAAGAACAUUGCCAUCCUCCAAGAGACCUUGGAGAAGGCCAACCAGAAGGUCAACAUCUACAAGAGACAACUUCAAGAACAGGAGGGAGUAUCACAACAGAACGUCACCCGCGUGCGCCGUUUCCAGAGGGAGUUGGAAGCUGCGGAAGACCGUGCUGACACUGCUGAAAGCAGCUUAUCCCUCAUCCGCACCAAACACCGCUCCUUCGUCACCACCAGCUCGGUUCCCGGUUCUCAAGUCUACCUUGUCCAGGAGACCACAAGAACCACCGAGAUGUAAAAGCAUUACUGCCUUCUAUGUCGCCAGUCAGAAUCUUCGCCAACCCGGUCGCUAGAGCCCGACAUACCAACAGAAAAACGUAAAAAUACCGACCGGGUGGUUUGAACUACUCUAAAUAUUAUUUUACUUUUUUAAGUUUAUUUUUGUGCAUAUAAUAUAUUCAGAAUAAAAUAAUAUCCAUCCGAUGUCUUCGUUAGAUAAUCAAUUCAUGACAAUACCUUGAUGAUAAACGGCAUUGAGAAACGUACAUUUUUCACGAUAACCUUAUAAGCGACCAUUAGAUCUAAAGCAAUUUUAUUGAGAAGUAUGAACGAAAUUUGUAGGUUUCGGAUAUGUUUCGUUCUACUGAGGGUUGUAGAAAGUAUUUUUAUGACAAUGUAAUGUAAUCUAAGUGAAUGUACCGUGUAAGAAUAAAUUGCUUGUAUACAGAGUGUUUUUAAUAUUAUAUUUAAUAAAAUAAUUAUUCUCUG